GCUUAAUAAAAUGUAAGAAUGAUUUAAAAGGUUGUUCUGAAGCACUGCAGGUCCUCUAACGUCCAGCAGGGGCAGCAGUGAGUCAGUCCCCAUAGAGUCCCAUGUUAAAACAUAAAACAAACAAGUUCACAGCCAGAUACACAAACUGUUCGGUGGAUCAUUUCUCCCUUCAUAUCACCUGUAUGGGGGGGAACCUAUCCAAAACCCACCUGUUUAAAGCUUGCAUUAUUAGGGGCGUGGCCUCUGGACUGUGUUUGUGCUGUUAUUAGCGUGGCUGCUGUGUGGUUCUCUGCAGUAGUGGGGCUCAUGUUUUAAAUUAGCACGUAUCUCUGUGAUGCUCCCAAACAGUCUGCACUAACCAGGCUGGCAAGGAUCAGCUGUCAUAACUCCACCCUCUCAUCUAAAUAUGGUCACUAAAGGAAGCAAAGCCCAGCAUGGAGCUGAGGGUCACUGAGCCUUCAGGACCCCAGUUUGGCUUCACAUAAAUUAUUUUAAAGGUGACUUUAGAAAACUCUAAAAAUAUGAACUACAAAAUGACGUUAGCAGGAGCAAAGUGAUGAAAUAAGACACCUGAGAGAGCGAGCAGGUGGCUGCAGGUAUGACAGGUGAAGCAGCUCUAAUCCUGCUAAGAGGAUCAGUCUGCACACACACAGAGUGUAAGCUGGCUUUGCGUGCUGAGGAUCAGCGUCGUGGGUCUGAUGAGUGGAACUGAGGCAUAAUGGGAGCAGGCGCCGACUCGACGGGGACGAACCCCCCAAAACACCCUGACCUCUGAACCCGAGACACACAGCGAGCACGGUGUCAUGGAUGCCGUAGAUCCAUCUCCUCUGCGACGUUUCGUCAUUGCGAAACAUUCGAUCACCUCCAUCUUUGACCAGCUGCUGGACUUUGUGAAGGAUGGCUGCGCCUUUGUGGAUGAGGCGUGGCACAGCGAGGACCUGGGUCAGGUGGCCGUGGAGGAGCAGAGUUUGGAGAUGCAAAGCUGUGCCAUCAAGCUGACGACCAUCAGAGACGUCCUGCUAAGGAGACACAUGAAGGUGGCGUUUUUUGGCAGGACGAGUAACGGGAAGAGCACAGUGAUCAACGCCAUGCUGAGAGACCGAGUGCUGCCCAGCGGCAUCGGUCACACCACCAACUGUUUCCUGAGCGUCGAAGGGACCGACGAAGACGAGGCUUUCCUCAUUACCGAGGCGUCCACCGAGAGGAGGAGCGUGACUACAGUGAACCAGCUGGCUCAUGCUCUCCACAUGGAUCCCACUCUGGACUCGGGUACACUGGUCAAAGUCUUCUGGCCUAAAAGUCGCUGCGCUCUGCUGAGAGACGACUUGGUGCUCAUGGACAGCCCUGGGACCGAUGUCACCCUGGAGUUGGACAGCUGGAUCGAUAAGUUCUGUGUGGACGCAGACGUCUUUGUUCUGGUGGGAAAUGCAGAGUCCACUCUGAUGAACACGGUGAGGAAACGACUCAUCACACGACUCAGCCUGGUUGGCUGCAAACGCACCGCUCCCCCUGCUGUCCAGGUGAGGAACCAGCACCUGGACCGCUGCGUGGGGUUCCUCGCUGACGAGCUGAAGGUGGUCGGCCUGGAUGACGCCGCGGGGCGGAUCUUCUUCGUCUCUGCUAAAGAGGUUCUGAGCGCCAGGAUGCAGCGAGCACAGGGCAUGCCUGAGACAGGGGGCGCUCUGGCUGAGGGUUUCCACGAGAGGCUGAGAGAGUUCCAGAGGUUUGAGAGGACGUUUGAGGAGUUCAUCUCUCAGUCUGCAGUGAAGACCAAGUUUGAGCAGCACACGGUGAGAGCGUGGCAGAUCACAGAGGCCAUCAAAGGUGUGAUGGACGCCAUCAACAUCGCCUCUGCCGACAGGAAGAUCUGCUGCCUGGAGGAGCGAGAGGACCUGAGAGACCGGCUGGACUUUGUUCGAGGGCAGAUUAACCGUCUGAGCGCCAGCGUCAAAGAGAGGAUCAGGACUCUGAGCGAUGAUGUCACAGCCAAGGUGUCCUCGGCGCUGACGGAUCAGAUCCGCUCACUUCCUGUUCUGGUGGACGAGUUCAGAGCCGACUUCAGCCCCACGCAGGAAACUCUGCUGCACUACAAAACUUCCAGUUUGCAGUCCAAGUCUACCCCAGUCCGUGAUCCAACCUACCAGUGGGGCGUCCACCUGCAUUUCUCCCAGCGCUCCCAACAAUGUCCAGGGACAGGAACCAGGCAGGAUGUCUUCCAGAGUGAUGGACUCAUGUUGAAGAUCCAAUGUAGAACUCCAGAAAGCUGGGAAGCACAGCACCUGAGGACCCUGGGGCUGACACCAUCCGGGCCUGCAGCUUUACUGGAGUGGAGUCUGCCCAGUCCCCUUUGGAUGUCUUCUGCUGAGAGGGACAGGAAGCUGCUGCAGCACGUGGAGGAGCGGCUCAUCGGCGGUUUGGACCACCGCUGCUCUGUCGGCGUCCUCAGAGACAUCAGAGACGCCCAAAGUCACAUGAUCGACGCUGUCCGUCCUCUGCUGUCUCCGGCUCUGCAGGAGCAGCUCUCCACUCCCUCCGCCUCCUUCGAGCUGACCUACGACCUCGGCCUCGCCGCCCUCUGUGCAGACUUUCAGGAGAACAUCGACUUCCAGUUUUCUCUGGGCUGGACCGCCCUCGUCACCCGCUUCAUCGGUGCCGCAAACGCCAAACGAGCGCUGAGUGGCGCCGACCGCGCGCAGAAGGAACGCUCCACCUUUAGGGAUGAAAUGGUGGUUUCCAUAGCAACGGGUCUGGUCUCUGUCACAUCCAGGGCGUCCAUGACGGUGCUGGUGAUCGGCGGAGUGGUGUGGCGUUCAGUGGGCUGGCGUCUCAUCGCCCUCUCUGUCUCUCUGUAUGGUCUCCUCUACCUGUACGAGAAACUCACCUGGACUGAUGCCAGCAGGGAGCGUGCUCUGAAGCAGCAGUUUGUCGAGCACGCCGCUCAGCGCCUGAGAGCCAUCGUCCCUGUCGCCAGCAGCGCCUGCAGCCAUCAGGUGUGCAAGGAGCUGUCGUCCACCUUCAGUCGCCUGACUCAGAGGGUGGAGCUGAGUGACGCUGAGCUGGAGGGAAACAUCCGUCAGCUGAGCUUCAGGAUCCAGAGACUGGAGAACAUCCAGAGGCGUUCCAAGGCCUUCAGGAACAGAGCCACCGAGCUGGAGACUCAGCUGGAGGUCUUUUCGGUUCAGUACCUGCAGGAAAACUAAAGAAGAAGAAUUGCUGCUGUGGUGAAGCUCCUGGCCAAUCAGAAGCUGGUGGAGAGUCCUGAGGUAUCGCUCGUCGCCCAGCGUUAACACCGACAGUCGCAUACAUCCCAGACAGCUCCCUGCUCAGGUGACCUUCGUCACCAACCAACACAAACCAAUAGAGGACAGCUUACCACUGAGGGCUGAACAGGAAGCAGCAGGAGACCCUGAGUCGAUGCUUUUGCUUUAGAAUCAAGGGUCAAAGUUCGUCUGUAGGCUCGUACAGUCUGUCCUUCAUGAGCAGCUGAUGAGCUCCUGAAUCUUUGGCUCCACCUUCAGGCCGUUUGGGUCUCCUGAGGUGGUGAGUGGAUGCUCCGCCUUCGCCGCGACCACAAACAGCUGAACCUCAGCAGCUUAUCUCACACCAGCUUCUAAUAUCUCAUCAUGUGACUGUGAUUAGACGUAUUGAUCAGUGAUAGAAUCCAUAAAUCUGUGCAUUAUUGCUCCGAAGUGUGAUGUGUUUCAGAGCUCCACCUGGCAGGAAGUCAACCUUCUAGUGAAGAAUCAAGAAAAUAAAAGCAUUGAAUAUUC